CAUUCGUGUAUUUCUGUCCUGGAAGUUGAGCUUUCUGCAAUCGCGGCAGGCUUUUCAAUUGAUACCAGAUGCACUCGCUUUUGUUUUCUAUGGAUGUAAUGAGGGAAAUGGAACUCGGAUUGGUUUCUACCUGCCCUUUUUCGAUCGUAUUAUUAUCGUAAAGCCUUGUCGGUAGCUUAGUACAAUGAGCCAUUCAUGUGUAUAUGAUCGGUAGCUUUUAAAAGACUUAACAUUAUGACAUUCAUCAAAAAUGAGCGUGAACGUGCUUGAGAAUUUCUCAGCUAACGUAAGCAGUUGGUUAGCAAGCUAGCUAGGUACCAUUACAUGGCUCUUGAAAGAUGCCAAGCAUGACUUGUGCAGUGCUGUCGUUGGUAAAUGCAAUUAUUUAUCUUUGACGCGCGAAAGAGGUGGGUGUCGUAAUUCAAUAGUGUAAACCAUAUGUCCUGUCAUACAGCACAACACAAGGUUCUGGUGGUGCUGAUGUAGGUAUUUGCAUUUUAGCCUCCUGCUAACAUUAUCAAGCAGGUUAACGUUAACUCCGCGUAGGAGUUCAGACACUGUUGCAGCCUCGCCAAGUUUGCCUGUUGUAGAACUAGUUGACCAGCUACCGAACACUGCUUCUUUUUCGAUGUCCACUAGCAGACCAUUUGUAACAUAACCGUGUCUGAUAUGUGUGAACGACCUCACGUACAGUGCUGCCUGAAUUUACUACUGAACUGCCAGACAUCAAAAGGACACUCAUUUUGACACUGAACAACUUCUUAGGUUGUUUCCGCGUGUCGCUUUUUUCUAUGCUCACAGUUGUAACAGUGCCAAAAAAAUAAACAGCUAUAGCCCAAGUUGCAUACUGAUUUGAAGUAAUAAUGCGGCUAUAACGAAGCACAUGUGCUUCCGGGUUCGAUGUUGCUGUUCUUCGGAUGAUGAUGCGGAUGCCCUGGCUGAUAUCAGGAAUUAGUCGACGCAUGAUGAAGCUCCUGGUCGCCCUUGCCUUGAUUGCCUACAUUGCCUCUGUCUGGGGAACCUACACAAAUAUGAGGUCCAUACAGGAGCAAGGAGAAGUACGGAUAGAGCAGAAGAUUGAUGAGGCAGUUGCUCCAUUACGAGAGAAGAUUCAUGAUUUGGAGUUAAGAAGUUGGGUAUUCCAAGGAGGUGGUUCAUUCAGCUUCUCGCAGAAGUACCCACCUGUGAAGUUCCUGUCUGAAAAGGAUCGCAAGAGGAUUCUGAUCACUGGAGGUGCCGGCUUCGUGGGCUCGCACCUGACCGACAAGCUGAUGAUGGAUGGUCACGAGGUGACGGUGGUGGACAACUUCUUCACGGGCCGCAAGCGCAACGUGGAGCACUGGAUCGGCCACGAGAACUUCGAGCUCAUCAACCACGACGUGGUGGAGCCGCUUUACAUCGAAGUGGACCAGAUCUAUCACUUGGCCUCCCCAGCGUCUCCCCCGAACUACAUGUACAACCCCAUCAAAACCCUGAAGACCAACACCAUCGGGACGCUGAAUAUGUUGGGGCUGGCCAAACGUGUCGGAGCACGCCUUCUGCUGGCCUCUACGUCAGAGGUGUACGGAGACCCAGAGGUCCAUCCUCAGAACGAGGAGUACUGGGGUCACGUGAACCCCAUUGGGCCACGGGCCUGCUACGACGAGGGGAAACGGGUGGCCGAGACCAUGUGCUACGCCUACAUGAAACAGGAGGGCGUGGAGGUGAGGGUGGCGCGCAUCUUCAACACCUUUGGGCCGCGCAUGCACAUGAAUGACGGCCGCGUGGUCAGCAACUUCAUCCUGCAGGCCCUGCAGAGUGAGGGCCUCACGGUGUAUGGGUCUGGAUCACAGACGAGGGCCUUUCAAUAUGUGAGUGACCUCGUCAAUGGCCUGGUCUCCUUGAUGAACAGCAACAUAAGCAGUCCUGUAAACCUGGGGAACCCAGAGGAGCACACCAUCCUGGAGUUUGCACAGCACAUAAAGGGCCUGGUUGGGAGCCGCAGCCAGAUCCAGUUCCUGCCCGAGGCCCAGGACGACCCCCAGAGGAGGAGGCCCGACAUCCGCAAGGCCAAGAUGAUGCUGGGCUGGGAGCCAGUGGUACCCCUGGAGGAGGGCCUGAACAAGACGAUCCAGUACUUUGCACGAGAGCUGGAGCACCAGGCCAACAACCAGUACAUCCCCAAGCCCAAAGCCGCCCGCAUGAAGAAGGGCAGACCCAGACACAACUGACCCACCCGUCUUUUUGCCACAACUUGAUAACGUCUUUUCAGGAAAUGCUCUGGGAGCUGGGAGAUUUUAUUUUUUAUUUUCUUGAUUUUUUUUUGUUGUUUAUUACAGGGGUUUUUCGUUUGUUUGUUUUGGCGAAGGACAGCGCCUUUUUAAAAGGACGAUCAUCAGAAGUCGUGGUUGUGAGGUGACGCGCGGCUGUGAUGCAGUAACGGGUGUUUUCUCUGUAGACAGGCACGCAACAUAGAGACUGACCUCAGACGUCAGUUUUUGAGACAUGACAAAAUACAAGAAGCGAGGACCACCAGACAAGAGCCACAGUCGGACCUUGCCUUGCACUAUUUGUCAUUUGUCUUGUGCGUUGCACCCUUUAUUUAAUUAAUGACGUACUGAAAACGUCAUUGAUGAGCCAUUUUUAUCCUGAAGAUAAUGUCAAGACUGCGGUACGUACUUUACUGUAACUCUUGUUUGAGUGCUUGUUUGAUUGUGUUUUGUUUGGUUUUUCCUUGUACACAAUCAACCUACUCCAAUGCCAUAACAUGCCACCUUGGGAGGUGUUCCGCUUCCCGCCAUCUUUGUCUGUUGGUUGAUGGUCUGUCUGUGUUGGAGGACUUGUAGAGGAGCCAGGGAUGUAUACGUUGAUUCGAAUCUGCCAGAGAAGAUCUAGAAGGCUUCGAGACAAGACUACUUUUUGGAGCCUUUAGGAAGUUUCAAGUCAAGCCUGCCAGAAAAGAAGGUUGACCGUCUGCUUCAAGUAAAGGAAUAGCUCCAAAAUGUUUCAGUACAUGCCUGCUUCGAAAGAGCCGAACAGGGUUCCUGUUGAGGAUCACUUUGACUCUUGUGGCCCUCGGUUCUCAGGACUUGAGAUGACGAUGAUGAGGGAAAUGGGUGGGGGUGACAAAAAAACAGUUUUAAGCUCUGCCAUGUGAUGUGAGUUUUGAAGCCAUCUUUUGUGUCGUUUUACCUUUACAUGAUCUAUACCUGUGGGCAUAUGGACAUGUUCACACACACACACACACACAUAGAUACACACACACACACACACACACACACACACACACACACACACACACACACACACACAUACACACACACACACACACACUUUAGAGAACUCUUUACACCCCACAUUUGAUUUCAGGAACGUGGGAGGAAAAAAAGCCUAUUUUAAUAAAAUAUUUACAGUGUUUGUGAAAACGUGUCCCUUUUCUUCAUUUUUUUCCUCAGCCUGUUCCUUCUGUGUCUACCGUUUGUGCUUGACCUACAUAUAGCAGUUGAACAAGCGGCUGUCACGCUGCCCAGCAUUUAUUUAAAUAACAGGUUCCUGCAGUUAGCUGUUCGUUUUUUUGUCCGCUAAUGGUACCAUUGUAAGCUGUUGCUUACAAAUGACAGUUUUGUCCCACCCUCUUUCCCCCCAGCUGUCCCUCACAAAUACACAAACAAGAGAUUCUCAAAAGCGUCUUUAUUCACUCCACUUUGAGGCUGUCGUAAAAAUGGCAUUUGUAUUUGGCCUAAAUGGAUAGGUGAAAUUGCUGAGAUGGUGAAAGAAUGCUUACAUUGACAAAGGAUAAUGAGAAUGAAUGAGUACAACGGAUAAGGGAAAAGGAAACAUAAUGAUUUUUAUAUGCCCCUCUCACCUGCUGUAGCAAAACAACUUAAAGAAUUGGCACUGCGUCUCAAGAGAGCUACAUUGAGACCCUACACAGCCGUCGUGAAACGGACUUCGGUCGUGUCCUUCAUCCAAUUCAUACUAUACCAGUGACAAGACACAUU